AUGUCCUCAACUAAUGAACUUGUGGAUAAGACUCAUACUGCGGAUGUAUGCGGAGAUGUUGUUUUCCUAGAGAUUGAUGGUGUCCUGCCUAACUGGAAUCACUACUGCGUCAAAGUCUCAUUUGAUACUCCCGGAACCAAGACUAUUGUUUUCCGUCUUCGUGAAGGUGCAGACCCUCAGCCGAAACCAAGCAUGACACAUGCUGUCCAAACUGAGAGCGAGCUGAAGGAGAAAGAAGCAGAGUGCAAUGAUGCAGUGAAGUUUGAAGAAGAUGAUACCAUGAUAGCCGAAGGGGAGGAUCUCAAAAUAAAGCAGGAGGAUAACAACUUGUUGGAUCUGUCUGCGAGGGUGUACUGCAAUGCCGUUGAAGGUACAACAAUUCAGAGACUGCUAUUCAACCCUAAAGGGUUUCUGGACCAGGCUCAAGGCUCAGAGGAGAGGAAAUAUCAUGAAAAACUGCUUAGUACUCUGACUCCUACUGGUAACUGGUGAAAAGAUAACUUGCUUAUGUAAGCUACAAAAGUGCCAACAUAAGGUAAGGUAAAAACAGUCUCUACAAGCCCAGCCAGAAAUGAAUCCCUACA